GCCUAAACUUCGUCCUUCUGGCUUCAAACGACCUUGUAAACUUGUAGAUUUCAACAAUGUACUGUGUAUCAAAUAAUUAAGUAGACAUUAUUAAAAUUGUCAGAUGGUAGCAAUUGAACGCAGGACCUCUAGUACAGAGGCCUGAUAUUGAAACCGUUACGCCACUGACACGUGCAUCGACAAGUGGCAUAGAAUGCCCUUAUGAAUUUCUUGCAGGCAAGCCAGCGCGUUGAGAUGCUUGGCACGUUUCAACUUCGCCACCUCAACAGUUGAGAAGCUGCACUUAGUAGCAAUUGUACGUGUUCGCUGAAUAUUCUGCAGUUAGAAAAGUAUAGAUCACAUUGAAAUAUAGGACAAUGAAGACAAAGUGUAAAAAAACAAAGCCACAAGAGCGUCUGAAUCCACAGGUAUGGAGAUCAGACAAAUUCAUGCACUUCCCAUCCUUCCCGUAGUGGCUCAAUGAUCGCAAUGCCAGAGUUCCCUCCAGUAAUUAUUCUAUGAAACUCUAUGCUGGAACACACGACUGACCUCCCUGAAAUGCAGUUGGUGGCACGCGUUGACACAAGUUUAUGCUUGCGCCGUCACAGAAGCAGCUCGCAUCCCCAUAAGUGCAGGCAAAUUUGCACUUUUUUGAAAAGCGAAAAAGAAUUGAAAAAGAAAGGGCACUGAAGCUGCAACUUCAAGGUUACUGAAGAGGAAGACAUGGUCAUUGUUCUCUGGGACGACAAUAGUCGGGUCAACAUGGCCGCUACAGUUGUAGGACUAGGAAACAUCACAAAAGUGAUGAGAUAGAGCGAAGCAACCAAGGAAUAUGCCGACAUUGAUUGUCUGUCUGCAGGCCAAAAAAAAGCAACCUGUCUCCGGCCAUCAACAUGGCUCCAUGGCUGUUGUAUCAGCUAAGGCUGUUCAUUCGCAAAUGACAAUGCAGUUGAAUGACAGAGCAGAUGUUGCAGUCGGGCCCUCCAGGAUCAACAGGUCAACCCAGACACCACCUUUUGCUACCUUGGUUACAAGGGUGAACAGCUGGACAGAUACUGAAGAUCUUGUCAGCUUCCAGGAUACUGGCUCCGAGCCACACGAAAAAUCAGGUGCAUCUAUUUUCUCCAAUGGAAUACCAAAAGAGAUGGAUCAACCCAUCAAAGUUAAACGUUUUCAAGAACCAUACCACUGCCAUCUUUGCCCCUACGAAUCAAAGGACAAGGCAAUGUUGAAUCGACACAUGCUGACUCACAGUGGAGAGAAGUCCUUUGAGUGCCCUGUCUGUACAAGGAAGUUUGGACGAUUCGAAUCACUUAAAGAUCAUAUGCACACGCAUAGUGGAGAGAAGCCAUACCAGUGUACCAUGUGCCCAUACAGAACUGCUCAUAGGAGCACGUUAGCAGACCACAAGAAACGACACACCACUGAGGAACUCCUUUCGUGCAAUUUGUGCCCUUAUGUCACCAUGCGCCGUACAAAUUUGGAGAGGCAUGUGAUGACCCAUAGAGGCGAAAAGCCAUACAAAUGCAAUGAGUGCUCGUAUGCUUGCAACCAGAAAAGCAACCUGAUUCGCCAUAACAUUUUGAAGCAUGCAAGAGCCCACUUUGACACGUAACUCUGUAUCCCUCUUCUGGGAGAAAUCAUUUGCAAUAUUCCUCCCAGAGGAUGCAAUAAACUGCCAACACUGAAUUUUUAAAAUAAAUCUAUAUAUUGUUCUUA